UGUGACCUCAAUAAGAAAUGUACUGAAAAUUAAAUGUAGUGAAAAUUACUUAAAAACAAAUUGCGCGACAAAAUUCGUCAAAAUCGUCACCCAGCAAGAAAGUUACUUAGAUACUUAAAAUCAAAGUCGUGGUCGUGGUUCGAGGCUGUAUAAAUUAUGAAUGCCAUUUAUUACAUGUUUAUUAAAGUCAUUUAUUCCGGUGGAAUAUCCACCCAAAAUCUGUUGGGAAAAUAGUCCAGCUUGUAUAUUUGUAAGAAGAUGGAGUCUAGUGCUGAAGGGGCUGCCAGCAAUGACGACGCUGAGAAGGCCGACUCUAGCCCCGCACCUCCCCCGGCGUUUACCACGAAGGCGGAUCAGAUGUCCAAUGUCCGCUCCACAACUUCCACCAUUGCUCCGAAAGAGAGAAGCUGCUGCUACCGAUUUUGGAAUUCAAUCUUCAAAUUCUUUGCCCAUGACUCGAUCCACGGGAGCUUGGUUGGUCCACAUCCCGUCUCAUUCAUGUUCUGUUGUUGCAAUUGUUGCUGCAAACGGACCUGCGUGGCCCCCUUCGCCUUAGCGUCAGUUGCUACCAAGCUGAUGUGGAUCUUGAUGCUCAUUUUCGUGAGCUGUUUGAGCUGUUUCUUUAUCAUUCCGUUUGGGAAAGUGUUCGAACAGACGACAAUCUCAGACUUCUAUCCCUGUCAUGAAUGGAAUCAGAGUAGAGCAGUAAACGACAAUUUGACCAAGAAUUGCGAUGUUCAUGGUGGCUAUUUUAUGGUAUAUCGAAACUUUUUUGCGUUUGAUCUUCUGCUGCUCAUCAGUUGCUUCAACAUGAUAAAUGUGAAAUCAACUAUAAAAAAUCGGAAAAGGGCAAAAAUGCACCAUGGAUUUUGGUUGUACAAGUACAUCAUUCUUUUUAUAUUGCUGCUGAUAUCAUACUUGGCGAUAAGAGUGGAAAUGGGGGGCAUCUUCGAGUACGUUUGGCAUUGGGUUGGCCUUUUGGCUGUUCUUGUUUUUUCUUUUGUUGAAGUCACCUUCUUAUUGGACAUUGUCGAAUUGUUUUGUGAACAAAAUCGAACCAGCAGCAACGAUUGGGCGGAUUGUGUAUAUUGGGGAUUUUGUUUUAUCAUCUCAUUUCUGGAUUGUGCAAUCAUUGUCUUGCUGUGCUCAUUCUAUUCUACUAAUGAGUAUCUUGAUGAGCACAAAAAUCAAUCGCCAGAACACGGUAGAGUGGUGCCAUCGCACGUUGGAAUAUUGUCAUUUGCUGUUUUUCUGACGCUCUGCCUCUUAAUUUCUGGAAUUAUAAACAUGAAACGAAAAUUGUUCAAGUACACAGGAAUGCUACAGACAUGCUUUGUGAUUUUAUACAUGCUUAUCACUAUUUGGAGUGCAUUAGGAAGCUCUCUAGAAGUGACCGCAAGACCGCAUUUCGACGUGCCUGGCAUCGAAUCAUAUAAUAGGUCGGAAAAUAAGGGAAAUCUGGAUACUAAUUUCAAACCGGAAUCAUGCAUUCACGGUCUGCUCUCUUUCUUCGCCCUCCUCUACUACGUGUUUUGGCACGGCCCAAGAACCACAACUGCUCCGAUGUCUAUCCUUUUCGACAAGAUAUUUUUUUCAAUGUCAAAAAAAUCUGAGUUGCCAGUGAUUCCAGUAUUUGAUAAAAAGAUAGCAGAAGAGUCAAUAGAUAAUGCAAAGCCAAAUGAGGACGUAACCAGUUCAGGAAAUGCAAAUGAUGUUGAUCCACCAACAGCCACGCCAGCAGGGAUUGAAGGGACAACUCAUAGUUCCUCUUCGAUAAGCCCCGAAUCUCCGACGACGACACCAGCAGAUAUUGGUGCAACAACAGCAGAAAAGGAAACUCAAAAGAAUGACGACCCAGCAGAAGACUACGCCAACGCCAUUAAAGAAUUCAAAGUAUGGGAUGAUGAGAAAGAAGGUGUACGAUACUCUUGGUCAAUGUUUUACUUCUUUAUGAUUAUUGGCUCUAUGAACAUUAUGAUGCAAAUCACGAGUUUGUCAGAUCCUUGGGCAACACAGUGGUAUUCCUCAAGCUAUCCAGCAAUGGGAAUUCAGCUGGGAGCCGCUUGCAUGGUCACCACAAUUUACAUUGUCACCACUACAUUCCCAUGCCGAAAAAUAUUUGCUGAAGUGAUUCAAAAUCCCGUUCCAGACCAAAACGAUCCUGAGAACGAAGUCACUCAACCUCAGCAGGAGACCGUUUAACCAUUUGCUUGAUUUCGAUUACUUACUGACUCAUCGAACAAGAAUCCGGUCAGAAUUCAGUCAAAGAAAGUACAGUUUAAGUGAACAUCGAUGCUUUACUUGUACGCAUGCUGUCUUCUUCUUUUAGACCAAUCAUAUCAUUUUAUCAUGCAACAUUCUCCAAAUUUAUUUAUACAUUAAAAACACAAUUUGAACUAACUGAUUA